AUGCGCGUUAUAGAAAAGAGGAACUUGGGGAAGCCCCAGAGGGUCUCUAAGAACCCGUACCGGGUGCUGGAAGUGCCGCAGCUGCCCGACGACUUCUACUUAAAUUUGCUUUCUUGGUCUUCUGCAAAUUUCCUCGCCGUUGGAAUUCAAAAUUCUCUUCUUCUUUGGAACGCAGACACCAACGCCACGCGCCCCCUCUUCCACAGACUCAACCCGCAGCCCAACGAGGAGGUUUCGGCGGUCUCUUUUUCGCGCUGCAGUCCGUCGCUGCUGUGUGUGGGGCUGCGCAGCGGCGUAAUAGAACUGUGGGAUGUGAGGAAGCAGCAGCAAAUUCGAAAGCUGCAGGGCCACCGCAGCAGAUGUGCUGUUGCUGCUUGGGGGCUGCAGCAGCCGCUGCUCUUCACCGGCUCCAGGGACCAAACUGUGCUCGCCAGGGACCUCAGAUGCCAGGAGUCCGCCGUUGCUGCUUUUCCCUUCCACCAGUCGGAAAUUUGCGGACUUGAUUUAUCUCCAGCAGAAACUCUUUUGGCUUCUGGAGCGAAUGACAAUUUGCUUUGCGUUUGGGACCUUCGAAAAAUAGUCAGCAGCAGAAUCAACUCUCAGGGGGCCCUCCAGGGGGCCCCCCUUAAUGGGGGCCCCCACCAGGGGGCCCCCCCGGCGUCAGGUUCUUCCCCCGCCUCUGCUGCUGCUGCUGCAGCAGCAGCAGCAGCAGCAGGGAGCUCCUUCUCCCCCUCGCUGCGCCCUGCGCGGCACUCAAGAAUUGGGGGGCCCCUGACUGCAGCAACAGCAACCGGCGUGUCCCCCUUUACAGAGGUUGGGGGCCCCCUGGGGGCCCCCCCGAGAAGCCCCCUGGGGGGCCCCCUGGGGGGCCCCCUGGGGGGCCCCCCCAGCAGCACCAGCUCUACGCGGUCUUCUCCAGAUAUGUUUGAGCCCUUUUUUGACGAUUUAAAUUUGUCAUCUUUUUAUUCUUUGGCUCCUUCAGGAUUAUACCCUUCUCUGUUUUCCCCGCUGCCGCCCCCUAUGCAGCAGCAGCAGCAGCAGCAGCAGUUGCUGCAGCAGCAUCAGGGAGCAGAGCCGCAGGCUUCCGCCGCGACUCCCACGGCAACGACACCCGCAGCGCCGGCGGCAGCAGCAACAGCAGCAGCAGCAGAUGGGGGCUCUGCUGCGCGGCGGCUGCGCACUGCAGCAGCAACAACAACCCCACUUUUUGUUUAUGGGGAACACAAAGCAGCAAUUAAAGCUGUUAAGUUCAGCCCCCAAGUCGACGGGCUGCUGGCCAGCGGCGGCGGCACUGCCGACAGACACAUUAGAUUUUGGAACGCCAAAAUCAACAGCACCCGCAGCGUGAGCUGCGUAGACACCGGAAGCCAAGUGUGCAACAUCUGCUUCAGCCCUUUCGGCUUUUCCUUUUUGAGCACUCAUGGUUUUUCUUUAAAUCAAAUAUUUGUUUGGAGUUACAGUCCUUCUUUGGCUGCUGCAGCAGCAGCAGCGCCGGCUCCGCCUCCCCCAGCAGCAGCAGCAGCAGCAGCAGCAGCAGCAGCAGGCAGCUCCGUCCUUGACUCCCUCUACGCACAAGAGCCCCCUCUCGCGAACCCGAGGGCGCAGCCCGUUAAGCGCACUGCAACUCUCACAGGCCACGCGUCUCGGGUUUUGUUUCUGGCUGCGUCGCCGUGCGGGAGCCGCGUAGUUACUGGAGCUGGAAAAGGGGAUGAGACUCUUCGCUUUUGGAGAGUUUUUGAAAAUUCAGAAAAUGGGAAAAGUGACUUUUAG